ACUAAUCUUGUAGAUAGACAAUGAAAAGUUUAAAUUUUCUUUGUUAUCUGCGGCAAGUUUACAGUUCAUCUUUGAUCUAAAAAUCGGCAUGUAAAAGUAUAAAUAUUCUACUUCUUCAGUAUAAGUAUAGUCAUUUAAUUUAUUUUGCAAACUGGUGUCAAAACAAAGCCAGUAGAAUUUUGAGGUUACUUAAAGCUAGCUUACGUUUUUACACUCGAAUAGAGUACAAUAUAGAAACCAGAGGUUCUUCAGUUCAUAGACAAUCAUUCAAAGUCCCUGACUGGUGUUGGAAAGCCUUUUUGGGUUGCACGUGCGUUGAACAUGCGUUUUUAUCAUCUGCUCGCUGGACUGCUGUUGAGUAGUUCAAUCAUGAAGCCAACCAACGGAGCCAGUGCAACGACACUGUUUGACUUCACAGACCGGAGCGCGAGCGUCGCCAACUGGACCGAGAUCUCAGACGUGGUGCGCGAAGUCGGCAAGUCCAAGGCCGUGCUGAGCCUGCAGAGCACCCAUGUCUUCCAGCGCGCCGUUUUCUUCAGCCUUCUGAACCCCCAGCUGAACGGCGCCGGCUUCGCUGGGGUGCGCGUACCCGUGGAGUGGGACCUGAGCGGGUACAAGGAGUUUAGGAUCAAGUGCCGGGGUCAGGGCCAGAACUACCACUACAAGAUCGUCCUGAGGCACAAUCAUCGGUCGGCUGACGACGACGUCGAGUACGAGCAGCUGUUCGACGCGCCCAAGACCUUCGACCACGUGAGGCUACCCCUCACGGAGUUCAAGCCGUACUUCCGGGGCAGGGAGAACAAUACCGCCCAGCCUCUGGACCUGGCCCACGUCACCAUGUUUGGUUUUCAGAUUUACGGGGGCGUUUACUCGCCCUUCAAGCAGCAAGGAGUUUCUGCAUUGGAGAUCGACACGAUCGAGGCAACGAGAGCCUCAGAGUAAGCCCUCCUGGACGAGAGAUACUGGCAGGGAUUAAGUAAUUGCAAACCAAGGUCUUUGUUAUACUCCUCGAAAACAAUAAAAUGCACGAA